AUGCUAACUUGUACUUACGUUGGACGCACUCAGAACAUCAGCCGAGAAAUUGGCAUAUUGAAGAUUCUACGCCAUAACAACAUUGUACCCUUGUGGGGUGUAGUGACAGGAUUUGGACAAAGGCCAGAGUUGCGCUGUUUGGUAUUCCCAUGGAUGCCAAAUGGCACAUUGGAUGCAUACCUAACAUUUAGCACUUUAACAGUCCUGGACCGUUCGCGUAUUGUGAGUCAUUCUCAUCGUAUCCUUUCACUUUCCAAGACUCACUUGAAGUUGGAAGCUGGAGGAUGUCAGCACUGGACUUCGUUACUGUUAGCAAAUAUACUGAUCGACAAGGGAGGCCAUGCGAGGUUAAUUGAUUUUGGUCUUUCCACCAUUACACAACCCCUUCUCGACCAGUCGCACUUGGCUGUGACAUCUAUACAUCCAGGCACAAUCCGCUAUGCAGCACCAGAGCUCGUUCUACCAGACGAUGCCUGUGAGCUGCCAGCGGUUUUGGAAAAAGCUGAUAUAUACUCUUUUGGCUGUAUAAUGCUUCAAGUGAGUUGUUGGUUUGAUCGCAAGAUAUUUGUUCAGGGGUUAAUUGACCAGGUUCUCUCGGGUCGGCGUCCUUGGUCUGAGACCACGUCAGAAGGGUUCAUCAUUAUCAGGAUUUCACAGGGUUAUGGACCGCAACGCCCUGAUGGUCAUCCUGCUAUAAUAGACUCUGAUUGGACAUUCAUCCAAAAAUGUUUGCAAUCUGGACCCGGACUUCGACCUUCAGCAGAUGAAGUACUUGACUUUGUCAUGCACAGGUUUCACUCUCCAGGUAAUUCUGCAUAG